AUGGAUGCAAUGAGAAUUGUUGAGAUGUUGGAUGCACGGGGCAUGUACAGUAAGAACAUGACUGAAGGUAACGACGGAAGAUCGGAAAUACCCAACGGAAGAAUUUAUCUGAUUCUGCUAUUUUGGUCCUUCUUGCUCUGGGCCGAAUGUGCCGUGCACGGUUUGCGGGGAUGGGCCCGACCUGGCGAUGAUUCCGGUGCUCAAGCAAAGCACAUGUUCAAUACGAGAGCUCCUGCUUCAAUUAUGCCCAGAUAG